ACAGCGGAAAGGAAGGUCGAGCCCAGGCCGCACAGCCUCACGUCAGUCCUGGCGCGGAUAGGCCAAAGAGCCAAGAUGAGUAAAAGCCAAGAUGAACUUCCUCACGAACUUGAGAGCCAGUUCAUCCUGCGUCUGCCCCCAGAACAUGCUUCAGCCGUCAGGAAGAUCAUACGUUCUGGAAAUGCCGCCAUGAGAGAUAAACUAAAAAUUGACUUGUCUCCUGACACCCGGCACGCCAUUGUUCAGGUGGAUGGCGUUUCGCUGUCUGCCAAACUUGUCGAUUUGCCUUGCGUUAUUGGAAGCCUGAAAACGCACGACAGGAAAACCUUCUAUAAGACGGCAGAUGUUUCCCAGAUGCUUCUGUGCGGCGCCGAUGGUGAUCUCCACUCUUCCCCAGAAGAGCCAGCAACUUCCGCUACAGUAACGGGAAACGAAAGGGAAGCAGAGGAAAAAUAUAUCUGGAAGCACGGCAUCACUCCACCACUUAAGAAUGUCAGAAAGAAACGGUUUCGGAAACCAACGAAAAAGCACCCGGAUACGAAGCAAAACGAAGAAAGCCAUGGUGGCUACGUUGAUUGCAAAGAUGUGGAAAAGGAAGUGAAGAGGCUGCUUCGCUCAGACGCCGAAGCCAUCAGCAGCCGAUGGGAAAUCGUUGUUGAUGAUGAUGAAACCAAGGCAGUACAAAGUCAGACCUGCACUCCAUAUCUUCCAUUGCCCUCUGAAGUAGGUGGUCAUUUCUCAUCAGCAUGUGCUAUGCCUCAGAGCACAUUCAGUGAUUCUAGCAGUGGCAAAGAUGAUCAAGAGAAUAAAGAUGAGGAGGAAGAGGAGGAGGAGGAAGAAAAAGAGGAGGAAGAAGGGGAGGAGGAGGAAGAGGAUGAAGAGGAAGGAGAGGAAGAGGAGGAAGAUGAUUCUGAAGAAGUCCUGGAAAGAGAGCUACAAGCCAAGUUUAUUGAGUUUAGCUUGUGCGAAGCUAAUGAAAGUAGCAGUUCAAUAAUUCUGGGAAUUCAGAAGCUGAUCCAGUCCAAGGAGAAAAAACUUCAAGAGAUUCAGGGCAAAGCACAAAGACAGAAAGAUCUCCUCAGAAAAUUGGAAAACCCGACCCUCAAGAGUCAUUUCCAGUCUGUGCUGGAACAGCUGAAGUUACAGGAGAAGCAGAAAUAUGAACAGAUCCUUUCCCUACAGGAACAACUGAAGUACUUUUUGAAGAAGUAAAACUUUGAAUCCACCAUCUAGACUGAAGACUUGGUGAAACUGUUUCCCUCUAGUUACCUAAUCUUGAAUUAAUUGUUUUUGUUUCUUUGAACAUUUUACUGACUGUAGUGUUUCAAGAACAAAGUCAUGUACAAAAGGCAGUAUAAAAAAUUGUGGUAACGGGUCCCAGUUGAUCAUGGGGCU